AUGCUCGGCGCGGUCGCCGGCACAGCCUUAGCCACUUUGAUGCUGAUGCUGUGCACGGCCCGAUGUCUGCCCGUCGCCUACCGGAUGCACAAGACGCGCUGCUCUUCACAGUCGGCCUCCGGAGUCGGCCAGUCCCUCUGGUUUGCCGCCGCCUCCUCAGCCGUAGCCAACGGCGGCGGUGGGAUUGGCGCCGGCGGCGGAGUCAACUCGUCCAGCGAGAGUAGCUCGACUAUGAUUGUCACCACAUCCGCCAUCCCCGGGGACUCUGGUAAGAGUCCCGGCGGACAGACGACAGUGCAUAAAGCGACCAACACGUUGCCCUUUCCGGCGGCCCUGCUGACCGCUGGCAAGAAGGCUCACCCGGCCGGGCCCCAACUCACCUCCCACUACACCAACACCAACAGUUUCGACAAUUCCAGCAACGAUGUCAACGCGCACACCAACAACUGCCACCAGACUAACGACAACGGAAGCGCCAGCGGUGGCAGCGCAAGCACCGGCCCGGCCGGACAAACCAGUCCCCAAUACGCCUAUCAUCAGUCGGAUCUGAACUCCGUCCAACAGGUGUUCGCGAACGGACGCCAUUUAGGUCAUCUGUACCAUCCGACCGAGACGCCCGACUCUCCGACCUCCUUUGGACAGCCAAGCCUCACCAACAACUACCUCACCACUCCAUUCCUCCUGCCCUCGCCUCCGCCUCUUCUGCCUCCGCCUCUUCUGCCCCCGCCCCCGCCGCCUCCGCCGUUGCAUCCCGCCUCGUACCUUACACCGCCAGGCUCCCAUCUGAGGCCCGAGGGUCUCAACUUGUCGCCGAGUCUGUUGAAACGGAUGCUCAGUCUCUCCCCGGGCGGUCACUUGCCACGAGGCCAUGACGGUCUGCCAGCCGGGGCCCAAUUCGCCUGGUUGAUGGGCAAAGCCGGACUCGGACUGACCACAGGACCUGGCCAGGCAUCGGCGGCGGCAGGCCUGGAUCUGGCCGCCUCUGCUCUGUCUCCGGUCACCACCACCAGCGUCCCCUUGUUUCCCGGUGCCUUCGACACCGUAGACGGUCUCCUGGCACCGUCGGCCUCGGCAGCGGCCGCCGCCGCGGCGAUGGCAACCAACGCACCAUGGCUCUUUGUCGACGCCUUCGGCGCCUCCGGUAGCAUCGUGCCGCCCGGCUCUCCGUACUCUUUGUCCGGCAGUCAGGAGUAUGAUAUUCCUCGAGUCCUCAUGACAAACACCCUGGCCCCAGUUGAGAAGGCAAUAAUCGCUCAAUCUCGCUAUCCGCCAUCCUCACAAUAUCUGCAGAACCAACAGACAACACAGCCAAACAAUACUCACGCCUUUGGCGAUCGUCAGUCGGGCAGAAUACUCUACGCUCAUCAACAGAGUUAG